AUGGGUCAAAAACAUUCUAAAAGAAUAGAUACAGUAAUUGGCGAUCCAUCAUCUCUGCCUUCGACUUUAAUGAAUAAUAUGAUCAAUCAAUUAAAUCUUCUAGAUAAUCAAUUCAAAUCAAAUUUUGAUAGUGAAUCAGAUAAAGCAAUGAACGUGAAGGGUAUUAAAGAUCCAAGUACUGUUAGUUUAAAUAAUCAACUUAGAAUAGAAUAUUUAAGUGAGUUCAAUAUUGAAGAGAUUAGAGAAACUGUAACUCUUUCAUUAAAAAUAGCCAACUCAGCAUAUGAAGAUAAAUUGGAUUUAACAGAGAAGAACAUCAACUCUUUUGCAAAUCUUGUAGCUAAUUUCUAUAGUCAAUCAAAGGUUAGUGCGAAUUCAGGAAAUCCAACAUUUUCAUUUUUGAUGAACAGAGUGGUGCCAGGCGUUUUUGUUUGUGUAGGCUGCUCCUCCCUUUCAUAUAAAGAACUACAAUCCUUUGGAAAGGAAACCGUGGUCGGAACUUCUUUUAUCUACAAGAUUAUGGUCAGCACCGAUGAUAUUGUAACAGAAGAACGAAAUAAUACUAUUAUGACUUUGCAAAAGGAAAUAGAGAUUGUUCGUUCAACUGUGAUGAAAGCUACUGGACUUUACGUUAAUGGUCUUAUUACAGCUGAUGAACAAUAUGAUGUUGCUGUCAGAGCUUAUAAUGCACAAAUUAUAAUUCAAAACCAAAUAGAUGCUUUAUCUUCACCUCAAUUGAAUUGUGAACUAGGAUCAUCAUCAACACGAUCACAAACAUCAACUAUUAUAUACACAACUCCCUUGGAAAAAUCUUUGGAAAAUCAAAAGAUUUGGAAGUGA